AUGACAUACUUCCUUGGCAUAAAGCUCCAUAAGUCUAAAAGAGGACUGCUUAUGCAUCAAAAGAGAUAUGCCCUUGAGAUACUGAAGAAGUGUGAUAUGGAGCAUUGUAAUGCUACCAUUACACCAGUUGAACCAAGGUUACAGCUGUCCAAGAAUAAAGAUGAGCAGAACAUAAAUCCUACUCAAUACAGAAGGUUGAUUGGAUCAUUACGUUACUUGUGCAAUACACGACUAGAUUUGGCAUUUAGUGUUGAUAUUGCAAAUAGAUUCAUGGAGAGACCAAAGGUGUCUCGCUUGGCAGUUGUCAAGAGAAUCCUAAGAUACGUCAAAGGGUCUAUUGGCUGCAGAAUUAUGUUUCCCAUAGCAGAUACGAGCAGAAAAUGCAAUUCGCACAUGAGAGAAGCAAGCACAUUGAGAUGA